GGUCGACGCUCUGGAUGAAGAAGAUAAGGCAGUGCUUCGGAUCCUUAGACACCAGGACCGGUAGGGCAGCUGAGAAGCGGGCCCAGCGCAAAGCGGCUGCGGGUCGCGGGGAGGCAGCCGCCGCCUGUUUCUGAACCCCAUUCCGGUAGCACCCGUUUCCCACAAGGGAGGCAGCCUGCCUUCCCCGGACCCCGCCGCGAGGUGGAGGGGGACCCGCGGGGAGGGGGUCAGCGCAGGGACCCAGAGCCGGGCGACCCGCAGGUCCCGGCGGAAAGUUGGCAGCCACCGCCCCCCUCGCCCGCCUUCCUCCUGGACUCUCCACCCCUCUCCGGGCCACACGGCGGAGGCGGGGGGUUGGGGGAACUGGCCUCGUGUUUUGGAACAGCUGCAGCCGGCGUUGGGCCCGCCUGGAAUGCGGGAACAGGCUGCACACCAGGACUUUUAUGGAAACUUGCUGCUGGAGCCGGCGGCGGCCAGAGGGCUCGUAGCGGCUGGAGCGGCGGCGGCCGGAGCGCCAGGACCCCUGACCACACCCCGGCGCCCAGAGCCUGCCAGCGCGCACCCCGGACCUUCGCGUGUCGCCGGCUCGAGGCGGGUGCAAAAAAUUACAAAGCUUCAUAAUCACCCCAAGACUGCAUAGAGCAAACAUGAAUGAUAUUUCUCAAAAGGCUGAGCUUCUGCUUUCUUCAUCUAAACCUGUACCAAAAACCUAUGUGCCAAAACUUGGCAAGGGUGAUGUAAAGGAUAAGUUUGAAGCCAUGCAGAGAGCCAGGGAAGAAAGAAAUCAAAGGAGAUCUAGAACCGAAAAGCAAAGAAGAAAAGAACAAUAUAUUAGAGAGAGAGAAUGGAACAGGAGAAAGCAGGAGAUUAAAGAAAUGCUUGCUUCUGAUGAUGAGGAAGAGGUAUCUUCUAAAGUAGAAAAGGCUUACGUCCCAAAGCUAACAGGAACUGUUAAAGGUAAAUUUGCUGAAAUGGAGAAACAAAGACAAGAGGAACAAAGGAAGAGAACAGAAGAGGAACGAAAACGCAGAAUUGAGCAGGAUAUGUUAGAAAAGAGGAAGAUCCAACGUGAAUUAGCAAAAAGGGCUGAGCAGGAAGGAGAUGAUUCACUGCUUGUAACAGUGGUACCUGUCAAAUCACACAAAACAUCUGGAAAAAUGAAAAAGAAUUUCGAAGAUCUAGAAAAAGAACAAGAAGAAAAGGAAAGGGUCAAGUAUGAAGAAGAUAUAAGAUAUGAAGAACAACGUCGGUCUCUCAAGGAAGCAAAGUGUCUUUCAUUGGUCAUGGAUGAUGAACUGGAAAGUGAGGCAAAGAAAGAGUCACUUUCUCCUGGAAAAUUGAAACUGACUUUUGAAGAAUUGGAAAGACAAAGACAAGAAAACCGAAGGAAGCAAGCUGAGGAGGAAGCAAGAAAACGUUUAGAAGAAGAGAGGCGUGCUUUUGAAGAAGCAAGGCGGCAAAUGGUAAAUGAAGAGGAGGAAAACCAAGACACUGAAAACAUUUUUAAAGGGUACCGCCCUGGUAAACUCAAACUCAGUUUUGAAGAAAUAGAAAGACAAAGGAGAGAAGAUGAAAAAAGGAAAGCAGAAGAAGAAGCCAGAAGAAGAAUAGAGGAAGAAAAGAAGGCAUUUGCUGAAGCAAGGAGAAGCAUGGUAGUAGAUGAUGACUCCCCAGAGAUGUAUAAAACAACCUCUCAAGAAUCUCUUACACCUGGAAAACUAGAAAUUAAUUUUGAAGAAUUAUUAAAACAGAAAAUGGAAGAAGAAAGACGACGAACAGAGGAGGAACGGAAGCAUAAGCUAGAGAUGGAAAAACAGGAAUUUGAACAACUGAGACAAGAAAUGGGAGAGGAAGAAGAAGAAAAUGAAACCUUUGAACUGAGCAGGGAAUAUGAAGAAUUAAUCAAAUUGAAAAGGAGUGGCUCUAUUCAAGCUAAAAAUCUAAAAAGCAAGUUUGAAAAAAUUGGACAAUUGUCUGAAAAACAAAUACAGAAAAAGAUAGAAGAAGAACGAGCAAGAAGAAGAGCAAUUGAUCUUGAAAUUAAAGAGCGAGAAGCAGAAAACUUUCAUGAGGAAGAAGAUGUUGAUAUCAAGCCUGCAAAAAAAAGUGAGGCUCCAUUUACUCAUAAAGUGAAUAUGAAAGCUAGAUUUGAACGAAUGGCUAAGGCAAGAGAAGAAGAAGAACAAAGAAGAAUUGAAGAGCAAAAGUUAUUACGCAUGCAGUUUGAACAAAAGGAAAUUGAUGCAGCACUACAAAAGAAAAGAGAAGAGGAGGAGGAAGAAGAGGGUAGCAACAUGAAUGGCUCCACCAUUGAAGAUGAAGCGGAAACCAGAUCAGGAGCUCCGUGGUUUAAGAAGCCUCUAAAAAACACAUCGGUUGUAGACAGUGAGCCAGUUAGAUUUACUGUUAAAGUAACAGGAGAACCCAAACCAGAAAUUACAUGGUGGUUUGAAGGAGAAAUAUUGCAGGAUGGAGAAGACUAUCAAUAUAUUGAAAGAGGAGAAACUUACUGUCUUUAUUUACCAGAAACUUUCCCAGAAGAUGAAGGAGAGUAUAUGUGUAAAGCAGUGAACAAUAAAGGCUCUGCAGCUAGUACCUGCAUUCUUACCAUUGAAACUGACGACUACUAGGUCCCCUUCCCUCUCCCUGGAACACACACCCUCUCUCUCCGACUUUCUUACUGCAUCCAUCCUUUCUGUGGCGGGGCCAGAAAAGGAAACUGGAAGUGCCACUAUGCUGACUCCUCAUUCCUUUCCCCAACAGUCUUCACAACACAAGCUCGUCUGAAAAGUACCUCCUUCCUUUUCAAAUGAGCACCAGAUUCACAUUACGCAGUAUACGUUGGUGUGUAAUUUAGUAAGGCCAAGUGGGAAAUUUACUCAAUUAUUUCUAUCAGAACCCAUACAAAGGCUGCGUAUUUCCCAUGUUUACAAGCAAUGAUGUUUAAAAAAAACCAUAAAUCGGACAUAUUUUGCAUGAAAGAAUAACACUUAUGAGCUAUGCACACCUAAAAUUAGUCUGAAAUAGCUGAGUUAAGGAAUUUGGAACCUAUCAAUUUGAGUGGGCUUUUUUCCUCAGUAGUUUAUCAUUUUGGUUGUUGUAGUUUCAGAGUCUUUCUGAAGCAGAGAUAUGAGGGGGUAGGGGUGUCAUUUCUCCCUGUGUGUGGAGAAAACAAAAAAACUAAAGACUUUUAAGAAACAACUGCCAGAGCAAAUGUGAUGGAAACCACUGCCUAAUACAGAGUUCUGAGUGUUGAGAAUAUCAAACGUACUUUUCAAAUGUGUGUGAUAUAUAUUCAAGCUUAUAAAAGCAAAUUUAUGUUGUGACCUUGCCUGAACAAAUUAUAUUUUAAUGAGAAAACUUUGUAUUAAUAGUUCAUGCAGGAGAAAACAAUUUCAACAUAAUCAAAGAUUUCAAGAUCUAGAAUUAGAUUUAGGGAAAAAUGGCACAAUCUUCAAUUUUGAGUUUUUAAAGUGAGUUUGUAAAUAAUUAGCAACCAUGUACUAAUCAAGUUGUUUUAUAUUUUAAUUGUCUGGAAGACAAUUUUAUUUUACAAUGUAAACCCAUAAUAAAGUCACUUCUGUAUUUAA